GUGACCAAACCCUUUAUUGCGUAACCCGUUCACGAUGGUGGCAACCAGGCUCUACAGGGCGCUGGCCGGGCUUCCUCUCACCGAGCAGCAAAAGGUGUUCGUGGGCGUCACAACGAUCUGCGCCAUCUGCGCGAUCCCCGUUCUCCGGCCGAAUCGGCCUAAGCCGGGACACGGGCUCUUCGACAGCGAGAAACCCCAAGCGGUAGAGCUGGCACAGGAGGAAGCGCGACGGAAAAAGCUUAACGUCGGCGAUCGGACGUAGACUGUGUGUGUGUGCGGUGUGCGGCACGUGGUACACAAAAGGCAAAGGGUGCGACGUUUUUUUGGUCGGGCGUUCCGCUGGCGCAAGCGUAGAAUUUCGGCAGCCGGCACGGCCAUCGUUUCUCCGUCUUUACCCACGUGGUAAACAGGCGCUAAAAUUUUAGCGCCCGUAGAAGCGCGUAGUUAUAGGAGUGGGUUGCUAAUGCUUUGUGCGCCCCCGUUUCGGCCCCCCUCAAUGACCCGUGUGUUUCAGGAAAGUUCUGCUGAAGAUAGAGUCGCGUGGGGUAUAGAAGCCACUGCUGCCUCCACCAGCUUAAUCGACCGUUUGUUGUUUUGUCAAGGUGCGCGAGCACAGCCCUCCAACCCGACGGGAAGCCAGCCAGCCGUAGGGAUAAAAGACUGCUCUGCAUACGCGUACGCGUUUCGCGUGUCUAUGUUGGGACAUUCGUGGGCAUCUUGUGCUUGCAUGGGUUGCGUGCCAAUAUGUAGAAAGGAAUCGUUGCCGUAGUCAUGUGGACUGCCGCGUUCUUUGCGGUUGGUCUGGCGAUGAUGAAUGCCAAGUUGUACCGCAGCACACCCCAUGAUAACGUUGCCGGAAGCUGACUCGGGUACAUGCUUUAGAAAGCACACCACACCGAGGCUCAUUUUGUGCCGAAUGCGUGAUGUCGCCCUAUAAUCUCUCUCAUGAAUCACCCGUUGACAGAAAACAAACGCGAAGCAGUCGGUCGCUGGUGGCGUUGUCGACACUCUCUAGGCCUCCUAGCGGCCACAGGUCGAAGCCCGUACAGUGAAUUUCCACUCCAGGGGUUGUCAAUCCCUCCCCUGCAGCUGCUGCAGCUGCUGUGCUCUGUGCUGCUGUGCUGUACCAGUAGAACAGUGUUCGUUCCAUCAUGACUUUGAGAAGGAAUCGUUGAAUGAUAUGCAUAUGCAUACGUCUUCUCGCGAAAUCAAACGAAGGCAGGCAGGUGUGGUGCGCCGUUGGGGAGGUAGGUUUGUGUGCGACUUGUGCUCGAC